UUCAAAAUCCCCCCCCCCCAUUCAUCACAAUGAGCGACGUUAAGCCCGACAUCAAGCCUGAAACCAGCGAGCACGUCAACCUCAAGGUCUCCUCCUCGGACGGCAGCGAGGUCAACUUCAAGAUCAAGAAGACGACCAAGAUGAGCAAGCUGAUCGAUGCUUACUGCCAACGCGUCGGCAUCAACCCCGCGUCGGUGCGCUUCUUGUUUGAUGGCGCUCGCAUCAACGGCGAUCAGACUGCCGCCGAUGUUGGCCUCGAAGACGGCGACAACAUUGAUGUCAUGCAAGAGCAAACCGGCGGCUUGUGCUGGUGAUGUUGCGUCUUGUUUCUUCUUUUCUGUUUCGAUGUCAAAGUUUUCAAGACACACAAGUUUGGCACAACUGCC